UAAACAUAACGGGCUCCGGACAAGUUCCAGCCGGCAAGGGUUACUUCGAAGCGCGCGGGAGGUGAUCAAAGCGAGGCGAGCCGAGGACAAGACGCGACCAAACGCCGUUCAGACUGCUGGCUGCAUGAGGCGCACCAUCGCGUCCACCCCCCGGUUCGCUUGCCAAGCCCGGCUCUUCUCUUCCAGCUGGCCAGUAGCAUCUGGGAGCAGAGUUCCCGCAAAGGUUAAGUGGACGGGGACUUUGGAACUGUCGAGCCGACGAAAGCAAGCCGAGCGCGGCAGCGCCCUCGCCAAGAGCCCCGGCGGGAUUUGCUCCUAUCCCGGAUCGCCCGGGGCCGAGAAGAAGAACGAGGGUUGCUUCGAGGGCUACCUGGCACAAUGGUGACACUGAGCCCCGUCGAUUCGGCGCACCUCGCGCUGAGCGCCAACGGCAGUGACAGGCAGAACCCGGACAAUUCCACCGCGUCUGAAGAAGGCUGGGUGGUGGGCAUGUCCAUUCUCAUGUCGUUGAUCGUGCUGGCGAUUCUCUUUGGCAACGUGUUGGUGAUCACGGCCAUCGCCAAAUUCCAGAGGCUGCAGACGGUAACUAACUAUUUUAUCACUUCUUUGGCAUGCGCGGAUCUCCUGAUGGGCCUGGGAGUGGUCCCUUUCGGAGCCAGCUACAUCAUCCAGCGCACUUGGGAGUUUGGGGAUUUCUGGUGUGAGUUUUGGAUCUCAAUUGACAUCCUCUGUGUGACAGCCAGCAUCGAGACACUGUGUGUCAUUGCUGUGGACAGGUACUUUGCCAUCACUUCUCCUUUCAAGUAUCAGAGCCUUUUGACCAAAAAUAAAGCCAGGAUGGUCAUCCUCUUGGUUUGGAUCAUUUCAAUCUCGACUUCCUUCUUACCUAUCCAGAUGAAGUGGUACAGAGUCAAUGAGACGGAUGCCGAGGAUUGCUAUUCGAACGAGGGCUGCUGCGACUUCUUCAUCAACCAGGAGUAUGCUAUCACUUCCUCGGUCAUCUCCUUCUAUGUACCUUUGGUGGUCAUGGUUUUUGUCUACGCCAGAGUCUUCCAGGUCGCUAAGAAGCAGCUUAAAAAAAUAGACAAAUGUGAAGGACGAUUCCACCAGCAAAAUUCCAACCAGGAGCGAAACGCGGGAAAAGGAAACCAUAGGAAAGCAUCCAAGUUUUGCUUGAAAGAGCACAAAGCUCUCAAAACUCUGGGCAUCAUCAUGGGCACUUUCACUCUGUGUUGGCUCCCAUUUUUCAUUGUCCACAUUGUGCGUGCUAUUCAAGAAAACUUGAUUUCCAAAAAUGUGUAUAUCUUCUUGAACUGGGUGGGAUAUGCCAAUUCGGCUUUCAACCCUUUAAUUUACUGCCGAAGCCCAGACUUCAGGUAUGCUUUCCAGGAGAUCCUCUGUUUCCGGAGGUCGGCCUUGAAAAUGUACGUCAACGGAUAUUCCAAUAGCAAUGGGAAAAGUGACUGCAAUGGGGAUCACAAUGACUAUCAUGCAAGUGAACACAAGGCUGACCAAUGGCUGUGUGAAGAAGGAAGUCCCCCUACUGGGGAAGAGUUUGUGCAUUGCAAAGAAAUUCCUGGGUGCCCUGGAAUGGUUGAAAGUUGAAUGGACAAAGAACUCCUCACCCUUUGCAACUUGCAGAAGCUUGUGAAGAGACGAGUUCAAGUUCAGCCGUAUUUCUGUAAGGAUGGGAGAACUACACAUUCCUUCAAAGAAGGACAAAGGAAUGGGCAGAUGGAGUAAGCUCCAGAUUGUGAAACAUGAGGAAUCUGCAGGGAAUGAAUCAUUCUGGGACCCAACUAGGAGAAACCAAAUUCAUCGUGUGAAAGUACUGCUUGAGAUUGGAUUGGGGAAACCUUCAUAGUGCAAUAAUGAAAACAUUUUCAUGGAGCUCAGUCAUAUGAGUUUUCAGAAGCCGGGGAAGAGUUAAAACAAUCUUUCACAACCCCA